CUAAAACCAUUCCUUUCUAUCUUUCCUAUACUCCUCUAUAUCAUAAGAGAGACUCUUAAGGACUAAAGAGAGAAGGAGACACCCAAACUUCUCCUAAAAGGAGAGUAAUAUAACCUGGGGGAGUGUACAAGGCGUGGUUUCAAGCGACCACGUGCUGUCAGCCCGUCGACUCAGAAGAUGCCUAGAAAGAAAGUGGACAACAGAAUCAAGACACUCAUUGAGAAUGGGGUCGAGUCAGGGCACAGGAGCCUCUUUCUCAUACUCGGGGAGAAAGGGCGAGACCAGGUUGUUUUGUUGCAUCACAUGCUCAGUAAGGCUUCCAUAAAGUCUCGUCCCAGCGUCCUCUGGUGCUACAAGAAGGAACUGGGUUUCUCCACUCAUCGAAAGAAGAGAAUGAAGCAAAUGAAGAAGAAGUUAAAGUCUUCAGGCUCAGCAGAAGGGAGCGAUGAGAAUCCAUUUGACCUCUUCAUAUCAUCAACUUCAAUAAGAUACUGCUAUUACUCUGACACUCACCGUAUCCUUGGUAACACUUAUGGGAUGUGUGUGUUACAGGAUUUUGAGGCCAUUACUCCCAACCUGUUAGCUCGUACAGUAGAGACUGUUGAAGGGGGCGGAGCUAUUGUGAUAUUGCUACAGAACAUGACGUCCCUGAAGCAGCUAUACACUAUGACAAUGGACGUACACUCUAGAUAUAGGACUGAGGCACAUCAGCAUGUGGUGGGACGAUUUAAUGAGAGGUUCAUAUUAUCUCUUGCUGAUACCAAGUGUUGUUUGGUGAUUGAUGACCAGUUGAAUGUGAUUCCUCUCUCAUCAGCAAUGAAGACCAUUGAGCCAUUGCAACAUAAAUCAAAAGAUGAGUCCUUAUCGUCUCAGCAAGUGGAGCUACAGUCUCUCAAGGAAUCCUUACAAGAUACCCAACCAGUCGGUUCUUUAUUGUCCUCUGCCAAGACUCUUGAUCAAGGGAAGGCUGUUCUUAAAUGUAUAGAGGCCAUUUCUGAAAAGACUCUAUCCAGCACUGUUGCUAUCACGGCAAGCAGGGGGCGGGGUAAGAGUGCAGCUCUGGGUCUUGCUAUAGCUGGAGCUGUUGCUUUUAGUUAUUCCAAUAUAUUUGUGACGAGUCCAUCUCCUGAGAACCUAAAGACUUUGUUUGAGUUUGUUUUAAAAGGUUUUGAUGCUCUGGGUUAUCAGGAGCAUGAGGACUAUACCGUGAUACAGAGCACCAACCCUGAGUUCAACAAGGCAGUCAUUAGGAUCAAUGUUUACACCCAGCACAGACAAACUAUUCAAUAUAUUUCACCGAGCGACUCUCAUAAACUAGAACAGGCGGAGCUGGUCUGUAUUGAUGAAGCAGCUGCUAUUCCUCUCCCGCUAGUCAAGAACCUGUUGGGUCCUUACCUGGUGUUCAUGGCCUCCACUGUUAAUGGAUAUGAGGGAACAGGAAGAUCACUGUCCCUCAAACUGAUAGAGCAACUGAGGAGACAGAGUGUGGUAGGGGGUGGAGCCUCAGGUAAUCAAUUAAUUACUUUAUUAUUAUUAUUGUUAUUAUUGUCAUCAGGUCGUGUGUUGCAUGAGGUGUCCUUAUCUGAGCCUAUUCGUUAUUCAUCUGGUGAUCAUGUGGAGCAAUGGCUACAUAAGGUCCUAUGUUUGGAUGCUGCCAAUAUCUCCAGGAUAAUAACAGGCUGCCCUCCUCCCAAAGACUGUCAACUGUAUUAUGUUAAUCGGGAUACCUUGUUCUCAUAUCACAAGUCUUCUGAGGUCUUCCUUCAUCAAAUGAUGUCCCUCUAUGUCUCCUCCCAUUACAAGAACACUCCCAAUGAUCUCCAGCUCCUCUCUGAUGCACCUGCCCACCACAUGUUUGUACUCCUCCCUCCAGUGACCGACCAGCAGACUACACUCCCUGACAUUCUCUGUGUAAUACAGGUUUGUUUGGAGGGUCAGAUAUCCAAAGGUUCUAUAAUGUCCGGCCUGUCCCAGGGGAAGAGAGCAUCAGGUGACCUCAUACCAUGGACUUUAUCUCAACAGUUUGUUGAUCAUGAUUUUCCAAGUCUUUCUGGUGUUAGAAUUGUUCGUAUUGCAACACAUCCAGAUGUUAUUGGAAUGGGUUAUGGGUCUCAGGCGUUGCAGCUGUUAGUGAAUUAUUACGAAGGGAAGUUCCCUAAUCUUGAAGAAGACACUAAUGAAAUGGACACUUCAAAACCAAUUGAAAAGGAUGAUGUCAUUGUUCCUCGUUCAAACCUCCCCCCAUUAUUAACUAAACUAUCGGAGAGGGUUCCAGAAUCAUUGGAUUAUGUAGGCGUGUCAUACGGACUCACACCUCAGUUAUUAAAGUUUUGGAAGAGAGCUGGUUUUUGUCCAGUGUACCUCAGACAGACUCCGAAUGAUUUGACGGGAGAGCACUCCUGCAUAAUGAUAAGGACCCUAGAUACUGACUCUGACUGGCUCUACCAGUAUCACAAAGAUUUUUGUAAUCGCUUUCUGUAUCUACUUUCGUUCCAAUUUUCUGAGUUCCCUGCCUCCCUGGCCCUCUCUCUCCUUCAAGCUAAGGGACUAGAGUUAUGUCACCUCUCACACGAUCAGUUGAUGACUCAUUUCAAUAAUUACGACCUCAAGAGGCUCGAUCUCUACUCUCGUAACAUGGCUGACUAUCAUCUUGUCACUGAUCUAAUUCCAAAGUUGUCUCUCCUUUAUUUUACUAACAAGGUUUCAUUCUCGUUGUCAUUAAUUCAAAAGUCUAUUCUCAUUAGAAUUGGACUACAGCACAAGAGGAUAGAGACACUAGAGUCGGAAUUACAACUACCCAUAUCCCAGUUAAUGGCUCUAUUUAAUCGCUGUAUUCGUAAAUUUGUUUCGAGUUUCAAUUCAAUAAAAGAGGAGGUCAUUGCCAAAGAGCUCCCUCCAUCUUUAGCCCCACCUCCUGAGACACGCCCACUCAAGGAAGGGCUCGAGGCGGAGCUAACUAAAGCAGCAGAUUCCGUUUCAAAAGAACUCAAAAUGAAGAAUAGUGAUUUAUCAGAGUUUGCUAUUGAUGCUGACGAUGGCUGGACUGAUGCUCUCUCCUCUGGGAAAGAUAUGAAUAUCGUUAGUGUUGCUAGGUCAAAACGAAGAGUUUCAGCAGUUGAUGAAGAUUCGAAUGAUAAGAAAAUAAAGAAAUUUAAGAAACAGAAAAAGGGCAAGCACAACUAGAACUUAAUCUAUAAAUCAUUCAUUUAUUGUGUCUAGUAGUCCUUCAUGGACUCCUAUUGUUAAUAUAUAGUUACUGCCUCUCUCUCUCUGUAUAAUAAAGUUUAUGUUUAAAAAUCAAAAAGUGUUUGAAAUUGAAACAAAA